AUGAAAAGCUUCUUUAAGGACAUGCCCCAGCCGCGGCUUGCUCUCAACUGUGUGGGCGGGAAGAGCGCCACGGAGCUGCUACGGCAUUUGGCGCCUGGAGGAACCAUGGUGACCUAUGGGGGAAUGGCCAAGCAGCCUGUCAUCGCCUCUGUGAGCCAGCUUAUUUUUAAGGAUCUCAAACUUCGGGGCUUUUGGUUAUCCCAGUGGAAGAAGGACCACAGUCCAGACCAGUUCAAGGAGCUGAUCCUCACGCUCUGCGAUCUCAUCCGCCGAGGCCAACUCGCAGCCCCCGCCUGCUCCGAGGUCCCACUGCAGGACUACCUGUGCGCCCUAGAAGCGUCCACACAGCCCUUCACAUCUUCAAAGCAGAUUCUCACCAUGUGA